AUGAAAACUUUCAUCGAAAAUUCAAAGAAAAGCAACAUAUUUUGGAUAACGUUUUUGGCGCUUGGAUUUUUGAUGGCCUUUGUAAUAACAGAUAAAGCAUGGAGGAAGUUUCAAAACAAUCCGACAUUGACAAGUAUGGCCAUUGAUGAUGAGGGAAUGAAAAUUCAUUUCCCAACAAUAACUGUUUGUCCAAUAUUCCAACAAAAAGUUAAAGAAUCAGAAAAAAGAAAACUCAACCAAAACGUAUUAAAAGAUUUUGCGAAUUUUCCUCACCGAUUAAAAACAUUAAAAUUAUUCGAUUGGUCAAAUUUCUUUUUACACCAAAAUUCUUCGAUUGAUAUGGAAAAUGCUAGAAGUAAAAUAUUUGAAUUAUCGCCAACUUGCAACAAUGUUCUGGGAUCAUGUAAAUUCAACAACAAAGAAAUUGAUUGCUGGAAAUAUUUCUUACCGGUUCUUUCUGAACAUGGACUUUGCUAUUCAUUCAAUUCUCACUUCCAUGAUACGCCAACGAAUGAAGUCUUGAACAAACAUUUAUUCUUAAUUGAUAGUGAUGGCAAUGAAAAACUUCAAUUUCAACCAAAAAUACCAGCAAAUAUUUUUUUGAAUGCAAUCGAUGAGCCAUUAAGUUUGAAACAAAUUCAUAUUGAAGAAACAAAUUCACAAUCAUCAACUUUAGCAUUCAUUUCAUUGAAGCAAACCAAAACAAAUGGAAAUGUCCGUGAAUUAUCAACACAUCAAAGAAAAUGUGUUUUUAAAGACGAAAUUCAAAUGAAAUACUACCAAGACCAACCUUAUUCGUUAUCAAUUUGCCUGAGAGAAUGUAGAAUCGAUGAAGCGAUUGAGUUAUGUGGAUGUCUGCCUCCUUUCUAUCGACCAGCAAUACUUAAUUUAAGGUUUUGUGAUGUCCAAGACACGCAAUGUUUUAUGCAUCAUGAUAUUUGGUCAGAAGAAAAAUGUUCUCACUGUUACUUAACAUGUGAUGUCACAGUUUUUUCACUUGAAAAUGUACAAUCAAUAUCUAUUUCAGAAUCUUCUGCUCAAACCAAUAAUUUCAAAUUGGAGAUUAAACAUGGUCCGAUCCUAAAUUUCUACAGGCAAGUGCGCUUUGGAUUUGUUGACUUUCUUGUAGCAUUUGGCAGCGUUUUGGCUUUGUUUCUAAGUCUAAGCGUUUUAUCAGGAGUUGAAAUAUUAUUUUGCUUUCUACAUUACUUGAGUGCAAAGAUUUGGAGACGUUUGGAAACCGAUUAA